CUGUUUCGUGGAAUGAUUUCGUUAGUGAAAAUGAAUAAUUAUUUAAUGUUCAAGUGAAUUAUAAUCAUUUGAAUAUUUUAUUCAUCAUGGAAUUAAGUUUACCCAACACGUUAUUAGCAGGUGAUCCACGAUUAGUAGAUCAUAUUGUAGGAGAAGUUAAAUCUCAAGGAAUUUUUGAUCAAUUUCGUAAAGAAUGUAUCGCUGAUGUUGAUACAAAACCAGCAUACCAAAAUUUACGUACAAGAGUUGAAGGAUCUGUAAAUUCUUUUCUUAGCAAACAAUCAUGGAAACCAGAUUUAAACAAAAAUCAAUUGAGAGAAACAUUACGAAAGCAUAUACAUGAAGCUCCUUAUUUAGAUGCUGGUGUAGAACGCAUAGUAGAUCAAGUAGUAAAUCCAAAAGUAUAUUCAGUUUUUAUGCCUCAAAUUGAAGAUGUAGUAUAUAAAUUUUUAGGAAUAGAAAGACCUAAGGCAAAAGAAAAAAAUGGUGCAUGUGGCCUUAAAGAUUUAUUACCCAAAGAUUUAGAUCCUGUUUCACCAGAGUCUGAUAAAAAUAGUUUAAAGGAUGUAUCUUUGGAAUCUAUGGAUGCAAUGGAAGAUUUAGAAAUAAAGAAAGAUAUAAAAUUAAUUAAUGAACAAAAAUCACACGAGGAAGAAAUUUCUUAUGAAAAAAAUAAAGAUAACAUAUCUGAAAAUGGACAUAUUUCUUCAGAUGAAAAAGUAUUAGAUGAAAAUGAUAAAACUUUUAAUAAGACUGGUAGUAUUUUAAAUUUAAAUAUAUCUGGAAAAUCAGAUGAUAAAACAGAAGAAGAUGAAGAAGACAGUCCUACUUUUGAACCAAUUGAUAUUAUGAAUUUAAAUGAAUCUAACAAUUCUAAUGAUUCUCAUUUAUCAGGUAUAUCAGAAUUAACUAGCCAUAGAUCUAGAAGUCCUGAUUUCUGUAAUGAACUAUCAAGAGACAAUUUUGAUUAUAGUAAUCAAGAUUCACAAUUAAGUAAAGUUUCUUCUGAUUCUCGCUUAUCAAUUGUAACUGACUUUGGAUCUUCUAAUCAUGCAUCAACACCAAUACAUGAAGCAUUGAAAGAUGAAAUACAUAAAGAUAAAUGUGAUGUUAAAAAUAUUAAAGACAAUUUUAAAACUGUCAAAGAAUAUGAAUGUAAUAAAAAUAAAAAUAAUAAAAAUAUUUUUGAAUUGAAUAAAAAUAAAGAUGUACAAGAUAUUAAAGAUUCUAAAAAUAUUAAAAACAAUUUAUCUUCUAAAGAAAACUGUCGUGAUGCUACAAAUAACAGCAUAAAAGAUAAAUAUGAACAUAAAAAUAAUAAAGAUAGAAGCAAAGAUAUUGAAUCUAAAUCAAAAUCAAAAGAUAAAAACCAUAUGAAAGAAGGAAAACAUCAUAGGGAUAGAAGUAAUGAUAAAAAAAGAGAAAGGAAUCAUAGUGGAUCAAAAUAUGAUAAAUAUGACAAAAGUAAAACUAAAGAUAAAGGUGAUCAACUAAAAGAAAAUACAGAUAAAAUUAAAGAUAUAGAAAAAGAUAAUUACAGUAAAAUAAAGGAUGAUAAAAUAAAAGAAACAGACAAGAAAGAUAAUAUCAGUAAAGAAGGAAAAGAUUUAAAAGAUCUUUAUAAAGAAAAAAUUAGAGAGCUCAGAGAAAAAAAAGAAUUAACAGAAAAGGAAAAAUUAAAUAAAGACAAUAAAGAAUCAAAAUCAAACAAGGAAAAUAAAGAUAAAAAAGAUUCUCCAAAAGAUAAAAAAUCUUAUAAAAAAGAUAAUAAAAGUUCUUCCAAAAAUUCUUCAUCAAGUUCUCAUGAAAUUAAAACUAUUAAAAUAUCUGAAAAAAUUAUUGAGGGAAAAGAAAGAAAAAAUGAAUCAAAGGACAAAGAUAAAAAUAAGCGAGAUGAAAAACGAAUUUCUAAGGAACAUAUAAAAUCUAAAAAUCAUGUCGGUAUGAAAAUGGACUCAACAGAAAAAUUAGAUAAACAAGACAUAAAGAAAUUUAUAAAAAAUGAAAAAGAAGAAAAAAUUGACAAAUCUGAAACAAAAAAAGAUAUUAAGUCAAAUAAUGAAAAGCUAAAUAAUAAAAAAGACAUAAAAAAUUACAUGCAAAAUAAAAGCUCAACACGAAAUGAGAAAUUAGAUAGCAAAAGAGAAAGCAAAAAUGAUUCACAGCAUAAAGAUAAAAAACGAAAAGAAGAAAAGAAGUCCAAAUCAAAAGAUGAUCAUUCUAGUUUAAGAAGAAAUUCUAAUGAUCGACGUUCUACAGAUAGGGAUGGUUCAAAUGGAUCCAGUAGUAAAAACUCACAAUCUAGUAAUUCUGGAUCUAAUAUUGCUAAUAGUAAAUCAAAUACGUCAACUUUUUCUAAAGAAACAAACCAUAUAAGUAAUUCUGGUAGUGAAACAUCAGAUAAUAUUGAAGAAGCACAUACAAGUAAUUUAAAAUUAUCAUUAGAUCAACAAAGUUAUAAAUUGGACAGAAUAACAGAAUUACAUUCAGAAUACAAAACAGAAAGUAUUAAUAAUUAUGAAAUGCACAUUAAGCCAGAAUUAGAAUUUAAUGAUAAUAAUUUACCUUUGAAAAAACGAGCAUUACUAGCAGAAGAUAAUAGCAUUUCAGGAGAAAUGAAAGUGAAGAAACCAAAAUUUGCAAAAAAUAUACAUGAAGCUAAAAGAUUAAUGAAAAUUAGAAAACAAAUAGAGAAACAAAAACUUAAAGAAAAUAAAAAGAUGGAAAAGCAAAAUACUCAAAAAAUAGAACAACCAAUACAAUCAAAUUCAGUAAAUAAUGAUAAUUUUGAAAGUAUGCCAGAUGAAGAACGUGUUCAAAUAAUAGAAAUACCAGAUGAAGAAUAUGAAGAACCAUAUCCUGAGAAACAUACUAAUUUAACUUUAGAAGAAAGAUCAAUAAUGAUGUUACAAACUGAAGCUGGUACAAAAGAUUUAUUGGAAACACAUUCUAAUUUGAAAUUGAAAUUAUCAGAUAUGGAACUGUGUAUUAGAAAAUCAUUAAAUGAAACAUUACCUAAUAAAACAUUAGAAAAAGAAUCUGCCCAACAAUCAACUUCCAAUAUUCAAACAAAAGUGUCUGACAAUAAAGGAAUUGAAGACUUACAAAAUAAAGAGUCAUUGUCUUCUACAAUAGAAGAAACAAGUAGCAAUAUAAUAAAGGCAGAAAAAAUAGAUAAUUCUGUAGAAAUAUAUUCUGAAAAACUAAUACAACAAAAAACUAGUUCAUCUAAAUUAGAAAAACAUAUAACAUCUCAAAGCACAAAGUAUUUUAACAUUGAUACUAAUAAAAUGGACAUAAAUGAUAAAAACAAGCAAUUAAACUCAAGUAAUAUAAAUAUAAAUGAUAUAACUUAUUCAAAUGACAAUAAAAAUAUAGAAAUUCCUUCAACAUCAAAAUUUAAGAAUGAAGAUGUUUCUCGGGAUAAUCAAAACAAUAGUCUUUGUAAUUUCAAUAGAUAUGUAACUGACAUUAAAAUGAUAAAAAAAGAAUCGGAGGCAAUAGAAUUUACAUCAAUAGAAGUUGAAGAUAAUGAAGAUUGUCGUUAUUUCAAAGCUGAUAAUGAAAAAUCAGAAAAAUUUUCUAGUUUCUUAGAAUCAUUAGAAUUAAUGGAAAAUAGUUCUUUAGAAGAUAUAAUAGAAAGUUUAGGAGGACAAGUUGUAUCUUCAAUACCAAAAGCUAUGGCACCACCUUUACCAAAACGUAAACAUUCAUCUAGCCCAUUAACAGAUAUAUUAUUAAAUAAUUCAAAUAAUAACAAUGAUGGAGGGAACCAUAAAAAAGUUCUCAAUUCACCUAAUGAAGAAGCAUUAAAUAACAUAAAAAAAAGAAAAUUAAUAACUAAGAAGCAAAGACUUCAACAAAACAUAUGUGCUCCUCAAGCACUUUUAAAUGGAGAAAAUUUUGUUAUGCCGCUAAGUCCAGAAAGUGAUGUAUCUGCAACCAGUGAAAAAAUUCCUUCUUCAAAUCUAAUUAAAGAAGACAAAGGGUCCCUAUUUAUGAAAAAAGUUGUCAAGUUAUCCAGAAGCUAUCCAUAUAUUAAAAAAAUCAACAAAUUAUAUAUAAUACAUAAUAUAAAAAGUUGAAAAAAAAAUCUACAUAUUUUUUUCGGCAUAGAAGCAGUCAACGUUAUUCAAGUGAUGAUUUAUACAAACCACGUCCACUAUUUUCAAGUUCUUCUCGCAGAAGUAGGAGAUCUAAUCAGGUAUAGCUAGUAGCUAGUAAUUUAAGAUGUUGAAUUGUGUUUUACUUUAUAUAAUACAAAAAAGAAAUCCUAGUUGUUGAUUCUAGUAAUAUACAUUUUAUAUCAUAUUUGAAUCAAAUAUUUUUAAACUUUAAAAUAAUGAUGUG